AUGGCACCACCUUCAAUUAUCCCAACUACUACUCGCAAGCUCACAACUACUUGUAGCUUCCUGACUUCCCCUAUCGUUGAGAUUAUCGUUGGGAAAGACGAUAAUGAGACCGUUAUGACAGCUCAUCAAUCCCUCCUGGUGGAGGCGCCACUACUAGCCGAGUCUGUUAAAAAAUUUGAAGCACUGGGCCCGCGACGCAUCAGCCUGCCAGAAGAGGACGUCGAUGCCUUCGGUUGCUUCCUCCAGUUCCAGUAUACGCGCGAUUACACUGUCACUCAAACCGAAACACCCGGGGAAACAGAUGAAGAUAAAAGCGGCGACGAGUUGCUGCGUCAUGCGCGUAUAUACACGCUGGCAGAGAAGCUGGGCCUGCCAACACUCCAGCGCAUUGCCCAUAGCAAGAUCCAUAAGGUCAAGAGCUCACCUCAUGCGGAGCUUUCAUAUGCCCGUUACGUAUACUCUCAUACACCAGCAGCAGACACCACCAUCCGGAAGCCUGUGGCGACUUACUGGGCGAACCAAAGUCACGUGCUGCGUCAGGAGGUUGGGGACGACUUUAAGGAUCUGUGCAUUGAAGUGCCAGAGUUUUCCUUUGAUGUUUUGACUAUCAUUCUGGAUCGCAAGUUGAAGAAUGGACCGGCAGAUGAGAUCAAGGGAAGUGCACGCAAGCGCAGAAGAGACAUUUAG